AAGGCGAAGAACAAAUAUCAUCGCAUCUGACGGCCUUGGCAUCACCCUUAAAUGUCCGUUGGAGGGGCUAUUCGUUUAAGACCUUUUAAGUGUAGAUAUUACAAUUAUUCGUCAGUUUAUUGCAAGAGAACAACCAGAACCAUGAUGCUAGUCAGAUCAGUGAUAAUUGUGCUGUUGGGCGUAUGCACAUGCUACGGUCAAAAUGCCGAAGACUACAAUGAGGGUAACGACCAAUCAGUAGUAUCGGCGCGGAAAAGUCAAGAUGUAUCCAUACUUAAACAAAUCCACAGACACAACGAAGAUGGAUCAUACACUUACGGGUACGAGGGAUCCGACGGAUCGUUCAAGAUCGAAACCAAAACUGUGACUGGUGAAGUGACGGGCAAAUACGGUUACGUGGACGACUCGGGCAAGUUGCGCGUCGUCGAGUACGGUGCCAACAAGUACGGUUUCCAGCCGUCAGGUGAGGGCAUAACUGUGCCGUCACCCACGCUGGUAGAAUUGCGACCGGAUGAGGACGAACAGGACGAGGAAUCACGGGUACCGGCUAAGAGACCGUCAUCGUCUGUCAAACCUUCGAAACCGCUAGUCCGGAACAACAAAAACAGGCCCGAAUCGGACGUAGGUUUAUACCGACCACAACAAAAACAACAACAACAACAACAACAACAACCACUACAGCCUCAGCCGAUAUCGGUCGCUUCCGAUUUCGAUGACGGUGAAUGGACCGCACAGCCUGUGGUCCGACCACAACAGUCAGCACCUUCUCACCGUCCGUCGACUACGGCAACACGUCCGAACAAGGCGAUUCCUCCGGUGUCCGGUUCAUUCAGGGCCGUGCCGGUAGAGCAGUCGUCGGACUCGGGUCCGUCCGCGUCGUUCCAGUCGGUCCAGGACUUUGGCGGUAGAAGCCAGAUGACCGGAAACGAACGUCCGGCCCAUACCUCCACCGUCGAUAACUCGUACCAAACGUUCGAGGAACACCAAGAACCGCUAACGGAACCGCCGACCUUGUACCGGGCGGUCGCCAAACCCACGGCCAGGCGUACCGGAACCGCGGUAACAAAGCCGUCCAGUAACUACCGCACAGCGCCCAGGCAAAUGCGCACAAGCGGCGUUCUCGACCAACUGGCCGAACAGUACGCGCUGCCCGAGUCCCGGUCGCCCGUGUCCCACGACUUUUCGUUCGGAUCGGACUCAUGAGUGUGACGGAAAUCCGUUUCGUUAGGUGUUUGUGUAAAUAUUUGUGUAUAUUUAAUAUGACAUUUUUUUUUUAAUUGAAAAUAAACGACAGUUUUAUAUAUA